UUAACAGGCUGAGGCGUACAGUAGGCUACAGUCAUGCAUGAUGGGAAACACACUGGCAAGCAUGAGGACGAGCAGAAGACAAUCUUUUUCCCCCCUUCACAUGCGUGUCUUUCCCGGUGGCUGCUGCUGAUGGGUGCACGGGGCUGGCUGACGCACAGAAACAGCCAUAGUAACAUUUUGAUUUCGUGUCUUCUUUCUCGAGCACACCGAGCUGGAGCUUGACGCGUGACGCACCGGGGAGGCGCGGCGAACUCAGCCCCUAUAAAUUGGCAGCGUGCGCUCGUCCAGCCUCAGAGACAGAGACAGAGAGACAGAGAGACAGAUCGCAGGGACCGAUCCCCCUCGUACCACUGGAAGGAUUUCAAGCCCAUCUCUCGCCCCGCGUCUCUCGCAACCGCCGCAGAACAUGAUCAAGAAAAUGUCCCCGUCCGAGAACGAGCUCGACAUACCGGCCAAGAAUUGCCACAGGAUGGUGAUCCUGGGCUCCACGAAAGUCGGCAAGACGGCCAUCAUCUCUCGGUUCCUGAACGAGAGGUUCGACGACCAGUACACGCCAACCAUCGAAGACUUCCACCGGAAAUUCUACAGCAUCAGGGGAGAGGUGUACCAGCUGGACAUUUUGGACACGUCCGGGAAUCACCCCUUCCCCGCGAUGAGGAGGCUUUCGAUUCUCACUGGCGACGUGUUCAUCUUGGUGUUCAGUCUGGACAACAGGGACUCCUUCCAGGAGGUGCAGCGCCUGAAGCGCCAGAUCUUCGAGACAAAGUCUUGCCUGCGAAACAAAACCAAGGAGAACGUGGACGUGCCGCUGGUCAUCUGCGGCAACAAGUGCGACAGGGACUUGUGCCGCGAGGUGCAGGAGGAGGAGAUCGAGCGGCUGGUCGACGGCGACGAGCACUGCGCCUACUUCGAGGUCUCGGCGAAGAAGAACAGCAACGUGGACCAGAUGUUUCAGACUCUCCUCACCAUGGCCAAGUUGCCCGACGAGAUGAGCCCCGACCGGCACUGCAAAGUGUCCCUGCAGUCGUGCGAGCUCCUGCACAGAAAGUCCUUCAGGAGCAAGAAGUGCAAAGACGGCAACGCGUAUGGGAUUGUGGCGCCGUUCGCGCGGAGGCCAAGCGUGCACAGUGACUUGAUGUACAUAAAGGAGAAAGCAGUGGGAGGCAGCCAGACCAAGGAGAAAGGCUGCAUCAUAUGCUGACACCUCUCCUUUUUUUCUCCUUUUUUUUGCCAGUGUGCAAGAGACUUUAUUUGAGAGAGCUGAAACAGAGGCAGGCUCGUCCUGCAGAGCUCUCAAUGCCCACAAACAGUAGAUUCUACUACCCGGGGGAAGCCAAACUCAGUGGAGACACACGGGGCAAGUGGCUCUGAUGCUCUGGAAAUACUGUAAAAAAAUAUCUGCCUCUACUUUAAGUUUGCCAAGAGUAGCACUUCUUCAGAAAAGUUUAAAAAAAAAAAAAAUGUUUACAUAUGGUGGAGCUUCUUCGCGCACAAUUCCUCAUGAACAAAUUUUUAUUCUGAAUGUAUAUUUAUUAUGUCUGUCAACUUUUGCAUAAAAGAGAAAAUAAAAAAAACUUCAUACUUUCAUACUCUGUUAUCCUAGUGUAUUUUCUUUCACGCAAAGCACAAUGGAGUUAUAUUAAACAGUGCACUGCCUAAAAUGUGCACUUUUAUGCAAUUA